UCCCCCUCUCUACUUUUCUGCAGGACGGAAAUGGCUACAACGGCCCCCAGUGGUUGCCGCCAAAACCUGAACCCCAGGUACCACAGACUCUGUGAUACCGGUGAGGCUUGGGGCAUCGUCCUAGAAGCGUUUGCUGCAGUUGGGGCUGUGACCACGGUGGUCCUCAUGCUGGCUCUCCUGGCCCUCGUCUGCAAGGUGCAGGACUCCAGCAGGCGGAAAAUGCUCCCGACCCAGUUCCUCUUCCUCCUGGGUGUGCUGGGGGUCUUUGGCCUCACCUUCGCCUUCAUCAUCAGACUGGAAGGGGGCACGGGGCCCACGCGCUUCUUCCUCUUCGGGGUCCUCUUCUCCAUCUGCUUCUCUUGCCUCCUGGCUCAUGCCGUCAACCUGACGAAGCUAGUCCGCGGGACGAAGCCCCUCUCCAUGCUGGUGACUCUGGGCCUGGCGGUGGGCUUCAGCCUGGUACAGGACGUCAUCGCCGUCGAAUAUGUCGUCCUGACCAUGAACAGGACCAACGUCGAUGUCUUUGCUGAGCUUUCUGCUCCUCGCCGCAAUGAAGACUUUGUCCUGCUGCUCAUCUAUGUCCUCCUCUUGAUGGUGCUGACCUUCUUCAUGUCCUCCUUCGCCUUCUGUGGCUCCUUCACUGGCUGGAAGAACCAUGGGGCCCACAUCUGCCUCACCACGCUCCUCUCUGCGGCCAUCUGGGUGGCCUGGAUCGCCCUGCUCUUGAUUCCUGCCAUCGAGGAAAGAUGGGAUGACACCAUCCUCAGCUCCGCCUUGGUGGCCAAUGGCUGGGUUUUCCUGUUGGCUUAUAUGGUACCCGAGUUCCGGCUGCUCACAAAGCAACGAAACCCCAUGGAUUACCCUGUCGAGGAUGCCUUUUGUAAACCGCAACUCAUGAAGAAGAGCUAUGGUGUAGAGAACAGAGCCUACUCUCAGGAGGAAAUCACCCAAGGCCUUGAAGAGAUGGGGGACACGCUCUACGCCCCCUAUUCCACCCACUUUCAGCUACAGAAUCGGGCUCCCCAGGAUUUCUCCAUCCCACGGGCCCAGGCGCCGGCCAGCCCUUACAACAACUACGAAGGAAGGAAAGAGGGCAGUUAGCUGUGCGCCAAAGAGUGGGACGAACACAGCCAGGCGGAAGACCCAGCCGGGAGCUCAAAGGGAUGUGGGCCAGAUCUCGAGUCUUCUAAGAAAACUGUGCAAAGCGCUAUGGGAACAGCUGCCCCUCCCAGCCUGAGCCACCGUCUUCCCACUCUGGGCAGAUGCGGGCUGACACCGCUCGGGUUCUCGGCAGCAUCCCAGUAUUUCUCCUUCGUCUCAUGCUUAAGACACAUCUGUUACAUGGGCGUCUCAGGCAGCUCAGGGCUAGACUCGCUAUUCCUGUCAUUUUACUUGGGACGGAAGGUCUGGUCAUCUGACCACACAGCGGCUCGCUCAGUGUUAGGGGCCAGCUCCUCUGACCCAAAGGUGGGCUUUGCCAGGGGCGUUUGUCCCAGAGCGGAACAGCAGGUCUCAGCAAAACCAGCAGGCUCUCAGCCCAGCCCGCCUAAAUCUACACUGGAAACCACCUUCCUGGCACCGUCCCUCCCUUUGCCUUCUUGCCUGCAUAGGAGAGGUUAAAGGUCACCCUAAACCUACUCAUCUCUGUGGCCCUGAAUAGUCAUUGUGAGGGCCCUGCGGCUCCCCAGCACACCUCACAGGCCACCCCUGUCUUCUCGCACCAGCUCCAAACUCCAUCUUCUCCAUGCACUUUACCAGGAGUUCUUCCAGACCUCACUAGCGGGGACGGGCCCACCUGCUCCUGGCCAGGAGAACUUGGGCGCUGUCCUUGCUCUAAAUCCCUGCCCUCCUCCCGUCUCCUUGCUCCUCAGCCUCUGUACAUAGAUUCACACUGUAUUUAUCUCCUGCAUCGUCUACUAACGGAGGAGUGUUCCUGGUGUAAUCAGUCGCUCCCUGGGAUUUGCAAUAAAGAUGUGGUGGCAAC